AUGCCUCGGAAAGCACCUAUUCACCACUAUUCAUAUCGCUCCCUAAUCAUCCCACCAAUCCUCCUAGCAGCAGCAACCAUCGUCGCUCUCUUCCUCCACUCAGACGUCAACUUUGCUCUUCUCUGGUCCCAAUGCCACUCCCACGCUCGUCUCCCAGGCGUUAGCCGCAUACCAGGUCUGGGAACACCUCUAUGCUAUCUCAUCAGCUUCUUCCGCGCUGCGCUUCUCUCACUGCGCAGUCGCACCGUCAUGGGCGUUGUUCUAGCAUUUAUCGGCGGUCUCUUGACAGUGAGCACUGUCGAAUCAGCGCGUAUCUGCAAUGCGCCAAAUGCUCUCAUCGCGUAUCCUACUGGUCCGUGGUUGGUGUUUGAUCUUGUGGGUGGUGCUGUCGUUUGGGAGCUUGUUAUUAUUCCUGCGUUUCUGCAUCGUGCGAGAAGUGUGUCUCUUGACUUCCCCACAGUGUCUCCACAGUGCCAUAUACUGUCACCCUUUAUAAAGAAACUGCAGGGGUAG